AUGCUCUCCGCGGGGCAGCUCAUCUGGACGUCUUGCCGCCCGUUACUCCGGCUCGUAAUAUGCACUGGCUUUGGCUUCGUCGUCACGAAAGCAGACCUGUUCCCUGCCGUCGCUGCUCAAGGCGCGAGCCAAGUUCUCCUCAAUGUUACAUACCCCAGCCUCAUGUUCAGCAAGAUCGUCCCGGCCUUUUCGGUGUCGAACAUCCACUCAAUAGCCCCCAUCCUGCUUGUCGCAGUGAUUUAUAUCUUUAUCGGCCUGUUCAUCGGGUGGGCCGUGAAGCAACUGUUCUGGGUCCCACAUCGCUUUCGCUGGGGCAUCAUCGUCGCGGGCGGGUGGGCUAACACGGGCGACAUACCGACGGCGGUGGUCGUGAGCAUCAUGAGUGCGGCGCCGUUCAACGGCACGGAGGAUGAGAAUCUGAGCGUGGCGUAUAUAUCGGGCUUUCUGUUGGUCGGGCUGAUGUCGUUCUUUAUUCUCGGCGGUAUUCGCCUCGUCACGCAGGACUUUGUUGGGCCUGAUGUCGAGGACGAGGAUGUACGGGCUGAGUUGAAGCAGAGACGGCGGGAGGCGUGGGGAGUGUUGCGACUUUCGGAUAAGAAGUCAGCAAGGCCAAAGGAAGACGAUGUUGCGGGUGAUAUCGAGAAAGGCGUCGCUGGCGCCAAACACGUUUCCUUCAUGCAUGAUACGACUACACGCCCCCUGCCGACAACACACCACUCGCAUGUCGCUUCCACCACCGCCAUUGACGGCGAAGACACGAUCGCGGCGCUGUCCCGGCCGGCAAGCCCUCACCCUCGAAACCCCACCUUCUCCUCCCCUCAAAAUCGCUUCAUCGCCUUCCUCCGGGCGUUCCUGCGCAAUCUCAUGCAACCCAUCUCGGCCAGCAUCCUCGUCUCGUUCAUUAUCGCGCUUGCUCCUCCCUUAAAAGCCCUAUUUGUUGCGGACCCCGGCGCUGAAAAAUGGCACAUCCACCCAGCGCCGGACGGCCUCCCUCCGCUCUCCUUCCUGCUCGACACCGGCGCGUUCAUUGGAGGCGCGGCGGUGCCUAUGGGGCUCAUCUGCCUCGGGUCGGCACUUGCGCGCCUACGAGUACCCAGCCGUCUCCGCGACCUACCAGUCGGCGCCAUCGUCGGGCUGAGCAUUGGCCGCCUGGUCGUGUUCCCCGUGCUUGGCGUGCUCAUCACGCGGGGAUUCGUCAAGGUCGGGGUGAUCGAUAGUGGCGACAAGGUGUUGCAGUUCGUGUGCAUGUUCUUUUCCUGCCUGCCUACAGCAACGACGCAGGUGUUUGUCACCCAGGUCGCGAGCGGGACCGGCAGCGCCGAGCAUUUGGCGCCGUUCCUCCUCCCGCAGUACGCGCUGAUGCUAGUGUCGAUGACGGCGUUGACGGCGUAUUCGCUUCAAGCGCUGUUCUAG